CACUGCAGACGACACGAUGCUCGCUCAAACCUCUCAAACCGCGUCACCACCGUUCCUCCUCCCCCUCGUUGCCGAGUCAAAUCCCCACCCCACCUCCGCCCCGGCCAAGUCUUCGCCCUCCGUCUUCCCCGACAAUAAUAUGAUCUCUCUCUCCCCCCUCGCCUUCCUCGGUCUCAUUCUCUCCCUGUCCAAAUCUCCAUCCAGGACAGCGCCCCUCUGAUCCGCCCUCCUCCCCUCGCGACCCGGCCACGCCAUUUUUAUCCAGUUCUUGAUCCGUGAUCCUCCCCGCCGCCCCCUGCCAAGAAGCUGCCGCCGGUCGCCGGAGAGGAGGACCGGCGUGAAUCGCUGCCGGAUUCCGUCCUUGUGGGUUGGAUUCGUCGGAGAGGGCCCCGGUUCUUGAGGUUCGGAAUCGGGGCAGGUUGUCCGUACGAAGGGUGAAGCUGUCGCUUCGUUCUUCGGGGGCUUUUGAUGAAUUCUCGCCGAUCCAGGUCUGUGAAGCUACUGUCGUCGCGCGCCAAGCCCCUGGAGGUUGACGUUGCAGAGGAGGACCCGCGGAUGAGCUCGUCGGCCGACAACACGGUGUACUGCUGCAUUGCCAAGGGGAACAAGGUCAUAUACAGCUACAGCAGCAAGGAUGGUGACUCGCAGACCGAGGCCACCGCGGCGCUCUGCCUCGAGAACGUGCCUCCCUACCACCGGCAUUACAUCCACACUUCAGGGUCGAGGAGCUACGGCUAUCUGAUGGCAGACGGGCACACCUUUUUCGCCAUCAUCGACCCGAGCGUCGGGAAUGUUGGUGCCUUGCAGUUCCUGGAGCGUGUGCGGGAUGAGUUCAGGAACACGAAUAGGAAUGGGUUCCAUGACACGCUGGUUCCGGCUGUCCAGAGGCUGGUUGCUUCACUGGAGAAGAUGCCCCGUGCCGCACUUGUACCUGAGGGUGGUGCGCAAAGGGGAGGGUCGAAUGGCAGCUCGGGCUGCACAUCGUCGAAGGUGCCUCUUCUUGGAAAAGGCAGUGGCAGGAAGGAUAAGAAGAAGGCAAAGGAGAAGGGGAUGCCUAUGGGGGAUGGCGAAGAUGAGCACCAUGGCACAAGAGGUUUGAGAAUUGAUGUGCAGCCAGAGGAUGUUGGCGGCAUGUCAUUGGAGCGCAGCACAAGCCAAUCCAGGCUACGGAGGCAGCAGUCGUCGCGGUCACUUUGGAUGCGCCAUGUGAAGAUCAUCAUCAUUGUUGAUGUUCUCGUUUGUGUGGUAUUGUUUGCUGCUUGGCUUGCCGUCUGCAAGGGUUUCCAGUGUGUGUCCGGGUGAUUUAUCUUGUUGUAGCUGCUGGGGGAUCAAGAAGUUUCAAAAUGCAGUGAGUUUUGGUAUGUUCCUUUCCAGAAAGGUAGAUAUAAGCCAAGAAAAUGGUAAUGGAGGGGAUUUGAACUACGCUUAGCAAUAUGUUCAGGAUCAGAUGAUGAAGAAUUGAGGUUUUUUCUGGUGAAGAUGUACAUAUGCUUCAUCUCUUGUACAUGAGAUUUCAAUAUUAUUUUUUCACAGACGUGACGUUUGUGGUCUUUCUGUAGUCUGAGUUCAUCUUGUGUUUAUAUUUUUGCUUUCGUUGAUA